UUUUUAUAUUUGGGUCGCAGUGGCCGGAAUGAAGAGACAAAAAUAAAAAAAAUUCCUCAUUUCCUCGUCCCAAUGUCGAUGCAAGGUCGUGGGCCUCGUGGCUCGUGGUUCAUGUAUAUGUGCAUAUUUCCUGACACGACUGGCGACCUCAUCAGCUUCCACCAAAGUACAGAGAGAGUUCCACAGGUCAUUCUACAAAUAUUCCAAUGCAAACUUUUCAAACCUCCGCGUUUUCUAGCAGCCGUUGACAAAGUCUGUCUUUGAUACCCGUUCCACACUUCAGGAUCUGUGCUUGCAGUUUUCUGGGUUUGUGAUUGACUUACUAAGAAUUUAAAUAAAGGCUGUGUUUAUUUGUUACAAUUGUAUGCUGGAGCUGUGAAUUUGAAGAGGUUUUGUGGAAUUAAUUAGUUUAUAUUCGAAGGCUGUCGUAGAUAGGACAAAUUGGGCUGAGUUGACUUUUAAGUAUUUGUAAUUUGAUGUUCCUAUAAUAAGACAUACAGAAGAUGAUUGUAAGGAAACACAUGGGGCGUGCGUCUCCAAUACUUUUGCUGCUUUUGACACUUGUGUUUUUCUUUGCAACUUAUAAUUUGUUAACUCUGAUAAUACGCAACAAAGCUUCCAAUUUGGGGAGUUGGGUGGUGGAUGGGGGGAAGAGAUCAGGGGAUUUGAAUUCAAAAUUUCAUGUUGCCCUUACGGCAACCGAUGCUCCUUAUAGCCAAUGGCAGUGUCGUAUUAUGUACUACUGGUAUAAGAAGGUAAAAGACAUGCCCGGAUCUGACAUGGGAAAGUUUACCCGAAUUUUGCAUUCUGGAAGUCCAGACAAGUUGAUGAAGGAGAUUCCAACUUUUGUGGUUGAUCCUCUUCCAGAGGGCUUGGAUCGGGGUUAUAUUGUUCUAAAUAGACCAUGGGCUUUUGUGCAAUGGCUGGAGAAAGCAACAAUUGAAGAAGAAUACAUUCUAAUGGCAGAGCCUGAUCACAUUUUUGUAAAACCUCUACCUAACUUGGCACAUGGAAUUCAACCAGCAGGAUUUCCUUUUUUCUACAUUAAACCAGCUGAGCAUGAGAAAAUAAUUAGGAAAUUUUAUCCCAAGGAGAAUGGUCCUGUGACUGAUAUUGAUCCAAUUGGCAAUUCUCCUGUAAUUAUUAAAAAGUCCUUGCUGGAGGAAAUUGCUCCCACAUGGGUUAAUGUUUCCUUGACAAUGAAGGAUGAUCCAGAGACUGAUAAGGCUUUUGGAUGGGUGCUUGAAAUGUAUGCAUAUGCUGUAGCAUCUGCAUUGCAUGGUGUGCGGCAUAUUCUGUAUAAAGACUUUAUGAUACAGCCUCCAUGGGAUCUCGAAGUGGGAAAGAACAACAUCAUCCAUUAUACUUACGGAUGUGAUUAUAAUUUAAAGGGAGAACUAACAUAUGGAAAGAAAGGCGAAUGGCGUUUUGACAAGAGAUCAUAUCUUAGUGGUCCUCCACCAAGAAAUCUCUCCUUACCCCCUCCAGGGGUUCCUGAAAGUGUGGUAAGACUUGUAAAGAUGGUGAAUGAGGCUACUGCAAAUAUUCCUGGAUGGGACACAUUAACCAGUGACUGACCAAAAGGAAGAUAAUAAGCCCAUGGCUCCUUUGUUUCGGUACUGAUCGAUAUCAGUGACUGCCAGCGGAGCCAUUAUUGAAACGAAUUGCAUAUAACAAAAUGAAGGGUAUAGGUAAAGGAAAGGAAUGGCUUUGAUGAAUCAAGCAAUGGAUCUUUUUCUAGAAAACAAUUUUUGACAUGUAAACAUGAAGGGCACUAUUCUUUUGUAUAUCCACGUGUUAGGUUUAUUAGAUGAGGUUUUGUUUUGAGCC